GCAAACGAAUAAAUUAUUUACCUUAGUAUUAGAUCGAAAAAAUAUAUAAAUUUUGUUCUGCAAUGGUUGAUCGUGGAAAUAAUUUGGUACUCCCAGUGGGCCCAUGUUCAACGGAACUAACGGAAUCUCAAGCGAGUUUUGCUCCACCCAAAAUUAAGAAAGUGCUCCCCACUAGAGCAAAUCGCAUGGAACAGUUUCUAUGGCAGGAACUCUUUGCCGAAUACAACCGACAGGCCUCCGCCCAAGUGGAUUUGGGUGAGGAUCGCACGGAGUACUACGACCAGUUCUGCAAGGAUGUGCCACCGAAAAACGAAGAGACCGAGGAAGUUCUGGUCAACAAGUAUCCACUUUACUGCACUACUGCCGUAACAGUAUGGAAUCACGAGGGAGAUUUCACCAAGACUUUCAAAAGAAAAUAUUCUAUUACCAGACCUAUAGAUCUGUGUCCUGAUAAGUUUGCACUUUAGAUGUGGAAAUUGUAUGAGAGUAGUGCCCACAGAAUAUUAUUUAAUUUUGAUCUUUCAUUGUAAAUGUUACAUAAAAAUUAAACUUGCAGUUUGAGAAAUUCU